UACCAGCCAUCAGCUCUGUUCGAACAGCAGAGAGAAGGGAUGAGAGGACGGGUAGAGCCAGCUACGGUCUGACGUUAAGCAUCGAUAGAAAGAGCGCCAGGUUUUACAGUUUUUCCAAUGAAUUAUCACUAUAUUCCUUCGACUGCCAGCUGACAACUUGAUCUGAGGGUCUCUAUCGAAACACAGGAUUCUGCUCACGGCAAGGGCUGUGGUCUGCUAAGGAGUACUAAACACCGCCAGUAAAUCAUAUUAAGCCAUGGCGCAGACAAACAAUUAUGGACAGAGCAGCAAUGGAGUUGCGGAUGAAUCACCCAACAUGCUGGUCUACAGAAAGAUGGAAGAUGUCAUAGCUCGUAUGCAAGACGAGAAGAAUGGAAUCCCUAUUCGCACAGUCAAGAGUUUUUUAUCCAAGAUCCCCAGUGUUUUUUCAGGGUCUGACAUUGUACAGUGGAUGAUCAGAAACCUGAACAUUGAAGAUCAAGUGGAAGCCCUCCACCUUGGCACACUGAUGGCAGCACACGGCUACUUCUUCCCCAUCUCAGACCAUGUGCUUACUCUGAAGGACGACGGAACCUUCUACAGGUUUCAGACUCCAUAUUUCUGGCCGUCUAACUGUUGGGAGCCUGAAAACACAGACUAUGCUGUUUACCUCUGCAAAAGAACAAUGCAAAACAAAGCCCGUCUGGAGCUGGCGGAUUACGAGGCGGAGAGCUUAGCCAGACUACAGAGAGCCUUUGCCAGGAAAUGGGAGUUUAUAUUUAUGCAAGCUGAAGCACAAGCAAAAGUUGACAAGAAAAGAGAUAAAAUUGAGAGGAAGAUCCUGGACAGUCAAGAGAGAGCUUUCUGGGAUGUGCACAGACCUGUGCCAGGGUGUGUGAACACAACAGAAGCUGACAUCAAGAAGUCCUCCAGGAUGAAGCAGCCUCAUAAAACAAGAAAGUCUGUUUAUGGCCUCCAGAAUGACAUCCGGAGCCACAGCCCCACCCACACUCCCGCCCCAGAGGUCAAAGAGCCCACGGAGGAGGAGUUACAGGACCAGAUACAACACUGGCAGGCCCAGCUAGACAGGCAUCGGUUAAAAAUGUCCAAAGUGGCAGAAAGUCUAGUGAGCUAUACUGAACAGUAUGCAGAGUUUGACCCCUUCUUCACCUCUCCGGAUCCCUCCAACCCCUGGAUCUCUGAUGACACCACAGUCUGGGAGCUGGAGGCCAGUAAGGAACCAGGCCAACAGCGGGUGAAGCGAUGGGGCUUUGGGAUCAACGAGGUGUUGAAGGAUCCGGUUGGGAGAGAACAAUUCCUCAAAUUCCUGGAAUCAGAGUUCAGUUCAGAAAACCUCAGGUUUUGGCUGGCGGUGCAGGAGGUGAAAAAGAGGCCUAUCCGGGAGGUGCCUACGCGUGUUCAGGAGAUCUGGCUGGAGUUCCUGGCCCCAGGGGCCCCCAGUGCAAUCAACGUUGACUCCAAGAGCUACGACAAAACCACGCAGAAUGUCAAGGACCCCGGACGAUAUGCAUUUGAGGACGCUCAGGAGCACAUCUACAAGCUGAUGAAGAGUGAUUCAUACAGCCGUUUCAUCCGCUCCAAUGCCUACCAGGAGCUUCUGCAGGCCAAGAAAAAGAAAAGUAAGAAUUUAUUCUGAGGGAUUCCACCUCCAGGUGACAUCAUUUCGAUGGGGCUAAUCAGUCUUGUGCCAUCACACUGAAACACUGUAAAGCCAGUAAGAGGAGAGCGGACCACCUCAUUUGUACAUUCAUAUAGUCUGCUGUCUGUCCUGUCCACUCCCAGGAUCCCCCGGCAGACAGAGAGCAGACCAGGUGUUGCAUGUCCAACCAACCGACAGAGUUGAUAUCAGACAUUUUUUAUUUCGACGUGUUUGGUCUCCCACCGAAGUGUGUGAUCACGGCAUCUUGGACUUUUUAACGGACAUUGAGGUGAACUCACAAAUGCCUUUAAAGAACGCCACCCUGUCCUGAUGAACACGCCUGUAGUUACUCACCCACUGGAUCUCUGUGUGUCCAACUCCAUCGCAAGCUGGGAAUACUGUGUCAUACAUGUCGAAAACACGCUAAAAUGAAUCUUUCGCAUCGAGAAAUAUCUUCUGCCUAGGAACUUCCGAUCUUCAUCUUAUCGACUACACUAGUAGAUGUAUGUAUGCAUUCUAAUGUUAUGUCACAGUUUGAUUUGCCUUGUGUUGCACUACAGAUAUCAGAGUUUACCGCCGCAUCUGUAAUUAGCCACUGCAGAAGAGGGAGAAACAUUGUCUUUGUGUGAUUCCCAAAUGGCACCCUAAUAGUUGUACACUUGUGCAUGCUGCUUUUGACCAGAACCGGUGAGAAGUAAUGCACUCCAGAGGGAGUAGAGUGCCAUUUGGGACGCACGGUUUGUCUACUAGUGUCUUAAUGUCUCUGUCGCUGUCUCAUUUUAUACCAUAUUUAAAGACACGUUUUACACUCAUUGACUGUAUCUACUGAAGCUACAUUGACUGUGCUAUAUGGAUUAUGUUAUGUUUUUAUAAAUAUGAUACUCACAUUUCUGUAACAUUUUAUUUGAAGGGUACCUACAUGAAAAAAUAAGAUUUCGUUUACCUGAUAUGCAUUAGCCAUAACCCAAACCUUAAGCCAUGAAUGCUUUAUAUAUGGGUUAUAAAUGUGUCACAAUGUCCAUUUGCAGGUAUCUUUAAAAUAAAGUGUUACCCAUAUUUCUGUGAAUGUCUCUCAGAGCUUUAGGCCCUCUGCUAUAGGACCAAGCUGAUCUCCGAUCUCGUCAGGAUGCGAAAACACCUGGAUUUAAUCAAGAUUUUUAAAAAAAUUAAAUGGACCAGAAUUUUUUUUUUUUUCCCUCAACUGGGACAUUAUAUUCCGAUUGAUCUAACGUGAGGUAAUAUUGGACUCAUGUUAGUGUCACUCGUUAACCAUCGUCAUUACCUCACUAUUCUAUGCGAGAAUCGUGGGAAGUGUUUUAUCUGGAUUAGGGCCAGGAGUUUUGCUGUCCCCAAACCUAGCUCCUUACUCAGCCCUGUCCAGCAAAACCCCUGGCCCUAAUGUGGAACAAUGGCGUGUAUGUGGGGACAAGAUGCAAUAGUUCAGAGUCCUAUUGUGAUCCUGGUAAUGCCUACCAGUCAGAUUCUGCUACCAGUCCGAUUCUCACGACCUAAAUUGGACCAACAUAAAGAAUAAGGGCACUUUAGAAAUGUUUUUACCUGGUCAUAACAUGCGUUCUCAUCCUGAUCUUGUCUACAUUCCAGUCUACUUCAUGUCAAGAAAAAAUUGCCACAAUCAUAAUAUAGACAAUAUCAGGACAACGAACGCUUGCUAGCGACAAGUAUAAACGAGGCUUCUGUUAUUUCUUCUGUUUACUUUGGCCUUUAGGAACUACUACAACUAAGAUCCAAAGAAUGUUGUAGUCAUGUGGUAUGGGUGUCUCCUAUACAUGCCGCUCACCAAUCACCCCAACCCGGUUGUUACUGUUAGAAAACAAGAGAUGAAGUGUGAUUCUGUAAAUACAUUCCAAAACAAAAUAAAGAAGAAAACCAUUCAGACCAAU